AUGGUUCCCUCAAAUGAUAUUAUGACAGAUGUGCCAGGCACUGUGUACCUGGUGGAUGCAUCCGGAAGCCUCGAUGCAGCCCGUUCCGGACGCGAUAUCCUCCUAGUCCCUCAGCCUACGCACACUCAGGCUGAUCCGCUGAACUGGCCCAAAUACAAAAAGUACUGGUCCCUCUUCCUAAUCUCGGCCUACGCCUGCAUAAUGUCCUUCGGCGAGAACAACUGGGGCGCAGCCUGGACAACCAUCUCCGAAGAAACAGGCGUGACCUUGAACAACAUGAACGGCGGCUCGGCACUGAACUACCUCCUCCUAGGCUUUGUGAACAUCAUCUGGAUUCCGUCUGCUAUGAAGUUUGGACGGAAGAUUAUUUAUAUUCUGAGCUUGCUGUUUAUUUUAGCUGGUGGUGUUUGGGGAGGGUUUUUUGAGGGGACGGCGCAGUAUUAUCUUAUGAUGGUUGUUACGGGGAUUGGGACGGCGGCGUAUCAGGCUUUGAUUCAGUUGACGGCCAUCCUAAUCCUCCUAUUCAUCUUCACUUUCGACGACACCAUUUUUCCACGCUAUCGGUUCCGAAACGAAGCCUCCACAGAACCGUCCAAACAUGACAAAACAGCCCAGCCUUCACCGACAAAGGAUGAAAAAGACGAAAAACCAGACCCUAGCCAGACCAUAACGGCCAGCCACAGCGCCGGCGAAAUCUCCAUGCCGCCACGAACAUAUCUCCAAAAACUAGCACCCAUCCACUACUUCAAAGACGACCAAACAACCUGGUUCCAGUACUUCCGCCGUCCAUUCUACCUUUUCCUAUUCCCGAACAUCGUCCUCGCCGGUAUCCAGUUCGCCUUCGGCUGCACGGCCGGCAUCGUCUCCUUCAACACCAUCUCAGAAAUCAUGACAGAACCACCAUACAACUGGAGUGCCGGCUCAGCCGGCCUCUUAUUCCUCGCAGCUCUCGUUGGCAACUUCAUCGGAAUGGCCAUCGGCUCCCUCUCAGACUAUCUAGUCCUGACCCUAACCCGCCGCAACAAAGGCUACAAAGAGCCCGAGAUGCGCCUCUACGCAUACAUCUUCUCACUGUUCCUCGCGGCCGUCGGAUACUUCACGUACGGCUGGGGCGCGACGGCGGGAAGCCAUUGGAUGGCUAUUGCUGUGGGGUUGUGCUGUAUGAUUGCGCAGCAGGUUUCGGCGACAAGUAUUGCGACGGCAUAUGCGAUGGAAUGUUUUGAUCAGAUAUCUGGUGAAUUGGUAAUUGUGCUUGCGAUCUGCUCGUCCGUUAUCAAUUUUGCGAUAUCGUUCUCUGUGCAGAAUUUCAUCGAUGCGACGAGUUAUGGGUGGACGUUCACGUUUUAUGGGAUUUGGGUGGUUUUGUCGAUGCUUAUGGGGGCGCCGAUGAUUGUUUGGGGGAAGAGUUGGAGAAGGAGGUGUAAGGGGAGAUAUGAGGCGUUUUUGGCGGAGAUGAGGUAG